UUACUGCCCUCCCUCGUUCUUUCUAUCACUACAAGGUGAAGGUUCCUCCAACAAUUAUUGCCUAUCUACUCUCUCGCUGCUUUGACCUCAAUCACACUUCUCUGUGUGUGGGAUUUCAAUUCUGAGGUAUCAGAUCUUUGCAAUUCAGAUUUACUUCUGUCUAUUAGCAUCAGUUUCCCACAAUGCCGUCACUUUUCGGAGGUCCUAUGACUACUUUUGAGGAUUCUGAGAAGGAAAGCGAGUAUGGCUACGUCAGAAAGGUGUCUGGACCAGUGGUUGUUGCUGAUGGAAUGGCAGGGGCUGCCAUGUAUGAACUAGUUCGUGUCGGACAUGACAAUCUCAUUGGUGAAAUUAUUAGGCUCGAAGGAGAUUCUGCUACAAUUCAGGUCUAUGAAGAAACAGCUGGUCUGAUGGUGAAUGAUCCUGUGCUACGUACACGCAAGCCCCUGUCAGUAGAGCUGGGUCCUGGAAUAUUGGGAAACAUCUUCGACGGUAUUCAGAGGCCUCUGAAGACAAUUGCAAAAAGGUCUGGUGAUGUCUACAUCCCUCGAGGUGUAUCUGUUCCGGCCUUGGACAAGGAUAUACUAUGGGAAUUUCAGCCUAAGAAAAUAGGUGAGGGAGAUCUCUUAACAGGUGGAGAUUUGUAUGCUACUGUCUUUGAGAACACCUUAAUGGAACAUCGUGUUGCUCUUCCUCCUGAUGCCAUGGGAAAGAUUACUUACAUUGCUCCAGCUGGUCACUACUCUUUGAAUGAUACUGUUCUUGAGCUUGAGUUUCAAGGCGUCAAAAAGCAAGUGACUAUGCUUCAGACUUGGCCUGUGCGUACUCCUAGGCCUGUUGCAUCAAAGUUAGCUGCUGAUACUCCUCUUCUUACUGGACAGCGUGUUCUGGAUGCCCUGUUCCCCUCAGUGCUUGGUGGUACUUGUGCCAUACCUGGUGCUUUUGGCUGUGGGAAGACAGUGAUUAGUCAAGCUCUUUCCAAGUACUCUAACUCGGACACUGUCGUGUAUGUUGGUUGUGGAGAAAGAGGAAAUGAAAUGGCAGAGGUACUUAUGGAUUUCCCUCAAUUGACAAUGACACUGCCUGAUGGGCGUGAAGAGUCUGUCAUGAAACGUACCACACUUGUGGCUAAUACUUCAAACAUGCCUGUGGCUGCUCGUGAGGCCUCAAUCUAUACAGGUAUUACUAUAGCAGAAUACUUCAGAGACAUGGGUUACAAUGUCAGUAUGAUGGCAGAUUCGACAUCUCGUUGGGCAGAAGCUUUACGUGAAAUCUCAGGUCGAUUGGCUGAGAUGCCUGCAGACAGUGGAUAUCCUGCUUAUUUGGCAGCACGUUUGGCGUCUUUCUAUGAGCGUGCUGGUAAAGUUAAGUGUCUUGGUGGACCAGAGAGAACUGGUAGUGUGACGAUUGUUGGUGCUGUUUCUCCUCCAGGAGGAGAUUUCUCAGAUCCUGUUACAUCUGCAACCCUCGGUAUUGUUCAGGUCUUCUGGGGUCUGGAUAAGAAAUUGGCUCAAAGGAAACACUUUCCAUCUGUAAAUUGGCUUAUUUCCUAUUCGAAAUACUCUGGGGCACUAGAGUCCUUUUAUGAGAAGUUUGAUGCUGAUUUUAUUGACAUAAGGACAAAAGCCCGUGAGGUGCUGCAGAGGGAGGAUGACCUAAAUGAAAUUGUUCAACUUGUCGGAAAGGAUGCUUUAGCUGAAACAGAUAAGAUUACCUUGGAAACUGCAAAGCUUUUAAGGGAGGACUACCUUGCACAAAAUGCUUUUACACCAUAUGAUAAGUUCUGCCCUUUCUACAAAUCUGUUUGGAUGUUGCGCAACAUUAUCCACUUCUAUAACUUGGCUAACCAGGCUGUUGAACGAGGAGCUGGUAUGGAUGGACAGAAAAUUACUUACACUCUCAUUAAGCACCGUCUAGGAGAUUUAUUCUACCGUUUGGUGUCCCAAAAGUUCGAGGAUCCAGCAGAAGGCGAGGACGUUCUGGUGGGCAAGUUUAAGAAGCUUCAUGAUGAUUUGACUGCUGGUUUCCGCAACCUUGAGGAUGAGACUCGAUAACUGUAAUUUGCUGAAACGUGCAAUUUUUGGAGGAAUCGAUCGAAUUCGUGAGCAGAAAAUAAUUCUGUAGUCUUCUACAAUGUAAGAACACAUCAAGUGAGUUGUGUGCAGUCUUCCGUAAUGCACGUCUGGAUCCAUGAAAUCUGGAGAAAUCAUGGUGGAAAAAUGCGUGUUUGCUCAGUCUUUUAUAUGGUUGCUGUAUCUCUAUUUAUCCAGUAGCAUGGCGAAUGACAGGGUCAUUUAGGUGUAUUUAUCUUGAGUUUUGAUUUUAUCAUCAGAUUUGAAGAAUAAAGUUGUGAUUGAGAAUUUAUACCUAAGCGAUAUCACUUGGGUACAUGUUUGUUCUUUAAUUUAUUGAACUGAUGUGCAAUAAUUAAUAAUAAGGUCUUGAGGUGCACCACUCUUGAAAUUGCUUGUC